ACGCACGGACGGACGGACGGACCGACCGACCGACCGUCGCGCGGGCGGGGAGAGCCGCCGCCAGCCGGGUGCACGGCAACCUGAUCCCGGUCCAACAUGGUCGCCGCUCACGCCUCCCAUUCCUCGUCCUCCGGCGAGUGGAUCGCGUGCCUGGAUAAAAGGCCUUUGGAACGUUCUAGUGAAGAUGUAGAUAUAAUAUUCACACGAUUGAAAGAAGUGAAAGCUUUUGAGAAAUUUCAUCCAAACCUUCUCCAGCAGAUAUGUCUCUGUGGAUAUUAUGAAAAUCUGGAAAAAGGAAUCACAUUAUUCCGUCAGGGUGACAUUGGGACGAAUUGGUAUGCUGUCCUGACAGGAUCACUGGAUGUGAAGGUGUCUGAUACAAGCAACCACCAGGAUGCUGUGACGAUAUGCACUCUUGGAAUAGGAACUGCUUUUGGAGAGUCCAUUCUGGAUAACACUCCUCGCCAUGCUACCAUUGUUACCAGGGAACAUAGUGAGCUCCUUCGAAUUGAGCAGAAGGACUUCAAAGCUCUUUGGGAGAAAUAUCGACAGUAUAUGUCUGGACUUCUCACUCCUCCUUAUGGUGUUAUGGAAACUGGCUCCAACAAUGACAGAAUGCCAGAUAAAGACAGUAUGUCAAACAGUGCUCUUUGCCAAGUUUCUAAAAAUUGUAAUAAGACACCUCUUAUUGAUCCUCACAUCCCACAUCAUCCUACUAAAAUCAUUACACAGGUUCCUUCAGAAAAGAUCCUUAGAGCUGGAAAGAUUUUGCGGAAUACAAUUCUGUCCCGAGCUCCUCACAUGAUAAGAGAUCGUAAAUACCAUCUGAAGACUUACAGGCAAUGCUGUGUGGGGACAGAGCUAGUUGACUGGAUGAUGCAACAAAGUCCUUGUGUCCAUUUACGAACCCAGGCUGUUGGCAUGUGGCAAGUACUGCUGGAAGAAGGUGUUCUUAACCAUGUGGACCAGGAACACCACUUUCAGGACAAAUACUUAUUUUAUCGAUUUUUGGAUGAUGAGCAUGAGGAUGCCCCUUUGCCAACUGAGGAGGAGAAAAAGGAGUGUGAUGAGGAGUUACAGGAUACUAUGCUGCUUCUCUCUCAGAUUGGGCCAGAUGCUCAUAUGAGGAUGAUUCUCAGGAAACCCCCUGGCCAGAGAACUGUGGAUGACUUAGAAUUUAUAUAUGAAGAACUUCUCCACAUUAAGGCCUUAUCUCACCUUUCUACCACAGUAAAACGGGAAUUAGCAGGUGUCCUCAUUUUUGAGUCACAUCCCAAAGCAGGAACAGUCUUAUUUAAUCAGGGAGAAGAAGGUACUUCUUGGUACAUUAUCCUAAAGGGAUCAGUAAACGUAGUCAUUUAUGGCAAGGGUGUGGUAUGUACUCUACAUGAAGGAGAUGAUUUUGGCAAGUUAGCACUUGUGAAUGAUGCUCCCAGAGCAGCAUCCAUUGUUCUGCGGGAAGACAACUGCCACUUCUUGAGAGUAGAUAAGGAGGACUUCAACAGGAUCCUUAGGGAUGUGGAAGCAAAUACAGUAAGACUCAAAGAACAUGACCAAGAUGUCUUGGUGUUGGAGAAGAUCCCAGCAGGAAACAGAAUUUCUAAUCAAGGAAAUUCACAGCCGCAGCACAAGUAUAUUGUGAUGUCAGGAACCCCAGAGAAAAUUUUAGAGCACUUUCUAGAAACUAUGCGCCUUGAAGCAACUUUAAAUGAAGCAACAGAUUCUGUUUUAAAUGAUUUUAUUAUGAUGCACUGUGUUUUUAUGCCAAAUAGUCAGCUCUGCCCAGCCUUGAUGGCACACUAUCAUGCCCAGCCUUCUCAGGGUACAGAGCAGGAGAAGAUGGAUUAUGCCCUCAACAAUAAACGGCGAGUCAUUCGACUGGUUCUGCAGUGGGCUGCUUUAUAUGGAGAUUUACUGCAAGAAGAUGAAGCAGCAAUGGCCUUUUUGGAGGAAUUUUAUGUAUCUGUAUCAGAUGAUACCAGAGUGAUUGCAGCACUAAAGGAGCAACUUCCAGAGCUAGAGAAAAUUGUAAAGCAAAUUUCUGAAGAACCUAAAGCACCACAAAAGAAGCACAAAGUUCUUCUGCAGCUCUUCAACACAAGUGAUGACAGAGCACAGAAACGCCAGCCUAUCAGGGGCAGUGAUGAAGUUCUGUUUAAGGUGUACUGCAUAGACCAAACCUACACCACUAUCCGUGUGCCAGUGUCUUCUUCUGUGAAGGAAGUGAUCAGUGCAGUAGCAGACAAGCUGGGCUCUGGAGAAGGCCUCAUCAUAGUAAAGAUGAGUUCAGGAGGAGAAAAGGUUGUGCUCAAGCCUCACGAUGUUUCGGUGUUCACCACUCUGAGCGUUAAUGGCCGGCUGUUUGCCUGCCCUCGGGAUCAGUUCGACUCUCUGGCACCAUUGCCAGAACAAGAAGGACCAUCUACUGGUACAGUAGGAACAUUUGAACUGAUGAGUUCCAAAGACUUAGCACAUCAGAUGACAAUUUAUGACUGGGAGCUCUUCAACUGUGUGCAUGAGCUGGAAUUGAUCUAUCACACUUUUGGAAGGCACAAUUUUAAAAAGACCACGGCAAAUCUGGACUUGUUUUUAAGAAGAUUCAAUGAAAUUCAGUUCUGGGUGGUCACCGAGAUUUGUCUUUGCUCUCAACUCAGCAAGCGUGUUCAGCUGUUAAAGAAAUACAUUAAGAUAGCAGCCCACUGUAAAGAAUACAAAAAUCUGAAUUCCUUUUUCGCUAUUAUUAUGGGACUGAGUAAUGUUGCUGUGAGCCGUCUCUCAUUAACGUGGGAGAAACUCCCAAGCAAGUUCAAGAAGAUCUAUGCAGAGUUUGAAAGCUUAAUGGAUCCAUCAAGAAACCAUAGGGCCUACAGACUGACUGUAGCUAAAUUGGACCCUCCAAUAAUUCCUUUCAUGCCACUGCUUAUAAAAGACAUGACGUUUACUCAUGAGGGAAACAAGACAUUCACUGACAAUCUAGUAAACUUCGAAAAAAUGCGCAUGAUUGCCAACACUGUCAGGACAGUGAAAUUCUGCCGAAGCCAAUCUUUCAAUCCUGAUGCAGCCCUAACUAAUAAAAACCAUCAGGAUGUUCGGAGCUACGUGCGGCAAUUAAAUGUGAUUGACAACCAGAGAACUUUAUCACAGAUGUCUCACCGACUGGAACCGCGCCGAGCAUAAACAUUUGAAGCAAUGAUGAGAAACGAUCUUUUAUCCUCUCAAGGUCACUUGUUAAGAACUUCACUUUCUCUGCUACUGCACUGCCACUACAAAAAUAAGCAAAAACAUACCAUAACGUCUUAGGCAACGCACAAUGUACCAGCCUGCUGGAGAACUUUGGCUGAGGAAGAAUUUAUGCACUGUAGGUGUAUGGGUGGCCAUGUUGUGAACUGUUAAUUCAUCUUAAAGUGUAGUAAGUGAUAUCUCAUACAGAUUUAAAAAAAGGCAAAAGAUAGAAUAGUUAGUGGGAAAUGCACAAAAACUUAUAACAGUUCUAAGGUAGGUAGUGGGUUCUUCUCCUUAAUUAAGAACCUGUAUUUUAUGAUUUAUGCUUCAGGUCAGGACCAAAACUGAUCGUCAGUUUAGCUUGCUCAGCUGCUCUUGACCUCAGCAGAAGAUGGAUGUAAGGAUCUGAUGAAAUAAUGUAGGUUCAAGAGCAGUCCAAGGUACAGUUCCAUUCAGAGAAGACUUACAAAUAUUUCCAUUUUAAAUACAACAAAUACUAAGAAAAAUUCCUAGUCUUAAUCAUACUGUCUAUUACUACAAGCAGUUUGGCCAUUUCAGAAAACUGACAGGACUGAAAAUAUUUGAAUGAUAAAUAGAUUAAUCAGUGUUUACAUUUGACUUUCUUCUUUUUAAAUUACCAAUCAGGUUUUUACAAAAUUCAGUUAAAAAGUAAGGUCAUCAAAAUCAAUAUCAUUAAAGGUAGCAAAGGACUGGUUCAAAAAGAGCACAAUAUGCACAAAUGGAUUUCAAGAGAAUAUUUUCCUGGACAUUAAAACCUUAAACUUCAGCUAGAAUUAAUCUUGGCUGGUUAACACAUCUUCUGAUCUUAUACAUUUACAAAUAUCUUAAUUUUCAGCCAAUUGUUUGCACUUUCAAUAGACUGUAAAUAAAUGUCAAUUCAUUAUGUUCUAGAAUAUUUAUUUAUGUAAUAGUUAUUGUGCCAAAAUAAUUCUGGUUUAUUUAUUUUGUUUAGCAUGUUAUGAGAGUACAGCUUUUGUCUUCACACUGUGCAUUUACAUGUAGAAGUUGUGUGAUCUAUCUUUUCUGUAAAUAACAUGCAGUACCUUAUUAAAUGUAAUUGCUGGAAA